AUGUCCCACGAAUACGCCCCCUUCGCAAAUUUCGAGGACUAUAACCGCGCCGUGCCACAGCUGGGCGCUGAUUCUUCCAAGCUGACUGACGCAGACCACAUGUCAACAGCGAGCCACAGGGAUGGUGCCAGCGACCUCAGCUACCUCCACUUCCCCGGAAGCUCUCACUCUGGCAACCUUGGCUGGGGCACCGAGCCGGCCUACGGUAGCGCGUUGCAAAGCGCGACUACCCUAGGAAUGGACUACACUUCUCUUUCCGC